GCGGCUCCGCUGCUUCUUCCCAUCGGCCUCGGCUUGCGGGCCUUUCAAACAUGGAGGAGCGGGAGCGGGGGGCGAGGUCGGCUCGCGCCGGGAGCCCCGCGCGCCCGCCCAGCCCGCGGCUGGACGUCAGCUCUGACAGCUUCGACCCGCUGCUGGCCCUGUACGCGCCCCGCCUGCCUCCCAUCCCCUACCCCAACGCCCCCUGCUUCAACAACCUGGCCGAGUACGAGAGCUUCCUCCGCACCGGCGUCCGGGCCGGCGGGCGCGGGCGGGCUCGGGGCGCGGCCGCGGGCUCGGGGGGCCCCGGCGCCGCUGCCGGGCCGGCGGGCAGGACCCGGCGCCGCGCGGACGCCCCCGCCCCAGACCCCGAGCGCAUCCAGCGCCUCCGCCGCCUCAUGGUGGUCAAAGAGGAAGGGGACGGGGCCGCCGGGGCGCGCCGGCGGGGUCCGGGCCGGAGCAGGAAGCCGCGCAACGUGCUCACGCGAAUGCCCCUGCAUGAAGGCAGCCCUCUGGGUGAACUCCAUCGCUGCAUCCGGGAGGGGGUGAAGGUGAAUGUUCACAUCCGCACUUUCAAGGGACUUCGGGGCGUCUGUACAGGCUUCCUCGUUGCAUUUGACAAGUUCUGGAAUAUGGCACUUACUGAUGUGGACGAGACAUACCGAAAACCUGUUCUAGGCAAAGCGUAUGAACGGGAUUCUUCAUUGACUCUCACUAGGCUAUUCGAUCGGCUGAAACUUCAGGAUUCCUCCAAGAAGGAAGCAGAUUCUAAGUCUGCAGUUGAAGACUCCACUCUGUCCAGAUACUCCCAGACAUCCACUUGGAAGGUGGCUUCCGUGUGGGGAAGAGAAGACACCGACCGGGGCUCACGCAAGCGUUCCCGCUCUGUCCCUUCUUCCCUGCAGGCCUCUGCACGGGAGGAGUCCAGGUCAGAGCUGUCAGGGAGGACUACACGGACAGAAGGGUCCAGUGUGGGAGGUACCAUAUCCAGGGCUACCACCCUUUCCAGGGGCCAGACCCGUAAGAAAAAACGCAAGCCCAAAGUGGAUUACCAGCAGGUAUUCACUCGACACAUAAAUCAGAUUUUCAUUCGAGGUGAGAAUGUCCUGCUGGUUCAUCUUGCACAGUGACCAGCUCAGCCUCACUGGAGCUUUGGGUUUUAGAGGUAAAGUGCAUGAAUUGCUGCUAUGCUGUAUCCUAGUGUCCCAGUGAAACUCUGAUUUGGAAUGAUUCCCCCUGGCCCUGCAUGUGCAGAGGACGGAGCAGGCUCAGCCCUCUGGAAGAUGAACUCAAGGGGAGGACAGGUGUUGGGAGAGUGAGUGUCUGUAUUAAUAUUUAUUAUCUGUGAAUAUCUGCACAGUCUAGGAAAGGUUCCAACUUAUGCAGCAGUGAAAUUUGGAUAGGUGGGAUCCUCAAAGCAGCCAGCAACGAAUGCUCUGUUUUGAUUCCUCUCCUUAUUAGGGAAAGCAAUUCAGAACCUCUUCAGUCUUCCCCUUAUCAGAGGUACCCUCUGCAAAUGGCAUGCCAGAUGGGAUUAUAAGAUGCUUGUACGGUGGCUUCUUGUCCUUCUCUCUAACUUCUGUGGCAUGGUGCUAGCGCAUGUACCCUGUGGUAUUGCCCCUCUGUCCGUAGUGUGAACUGUCCUGUGAGCAUUAUGGCAAGAGACUUUGACUUUCGUGUCUGGCUUCCAAGAGUUCUGCAUGAACUCAGUAAUACACACAGCACGUGGCUGAAAGUCCCCUUCCUAGGCGGGGCCAGCCUUGUGUAGGAUUUCUUCCAGAAUGGUUUUACCAUGAAAUGGGUUGUAGUUUUAUUCCCUUUUGUCAGGCCAAAGAAGUCCUUACAAAGUACAGUGGGGACGUGUCUAAAGGGACACUCGUCACAGCCUGGCUCGAGUAACAGGAACACCGUAGUUCCCACGGAUGCUUCUCUACUUGAAUCAUAUUCUGUGCUUUUUUUAAUCACCAGUGCAGAAUAGUCUUGACACAGACUGUUAGGCAAUAUUGAUUUUUUUGUUUUGUUUUUAUUUGGUUUUAUCUAAGAUAACUUAUGUUCAACAUGAGAAUAAGAAAUAGGUAACUAGUUAAAAUGUAUGCAAAGAAAAUUUUCCCCUGCUGUAUUUGUUGUGUAAUUUAAGCCUUCUGAGAAGCGGAGUGAAUAAAGUUUAGGGAGCUGGGCCGCCCGGCCCUGCUGCUGGCUUGCCCACUGGCUCGUCCUGCCGUGGAAAGUGAGCAGACUUCACCCCUCUGUGCCUCAGCUUUUCCCCAUCAGACACCUACCUCACAGGGGCAUUGAGUCAAAGAAUUUUAGGAAGGCAUUUUACAGUCUAAGCAUGUUUAAGUGCCAUGAGUAAUUUUUACUAACUCUCUUUCGUAGCUUUGUAAGAAUUCUGUGUCUUAUGAGCAAGGCAGGUGCUACAUAAGAAAGUAAUCGUCACAGGUGUCAUAAUUAUGAUCUUGUAACUAUCAUCAGAAGGCAGUAGUAUCUUCAGGAACUGUUUUCUGUAUUCCAUUCCUUCCCCCUAAGGGGCACUGGAGGUUCUCAGCAGAGUAUCUUCAGUAAAAGGAAAGUUGUCAUUUUUUGCUUCUCCCUCCAAAUCCCAGCCCCACCCUUUUCCAGUCAUUAUCAGCAAGAAUCCCCUAAACUUUUCAAGGGGUUUAUAUGAUAGUACUAAAUAGAGUGAGCAUCUAAAAAUGGCCAACCAUCCCCAAAGGGGAAAUUGUGGAAUUUGUUUUUUUAAUUUUUGUUUACUUGUUUUCAUUUUUAAAUGCAUUUUAAAGUAUACUCUAGAGUCAGAUCAGAUGCACUAAAGUUUAUAGUGGUUCCAUGUUACAAACGCAAAUGAACAAUUAUCUUUGGCAUCUUCCAGUCUAAGUUAUUUUCUAAGUAGUGUGUUGGAAAUCUGAGUUCCCAAAUUAAUAGUGUCCUGUGUUUAGUCAUCAGGCCAUGUUGCCUAUAUGUCUUUACCAGUCUCCCUGUGUGGCUGUCCUCAUCUGUCCUCCUGUCUCUCAGUUAGAAGCUGUAAUGGAUACUAUAUUUUCCCAAUAAUGUAGAAAUUUGAAAUCAAAAGGAAUAUAAUCAGUUUCCAUUCAUUCCAGCGACAAUUCUGGCUAUGAAAAUUAUUUCUAAACUGCGUAUGAUCUAUUUUAUGUACAAUCUGCCCCUAUUUAUUUGUUUGGUUUGGACAGUGAUUCUGGAAUGAAUACUAUCUAGUAGAUGUGCUGUAGUGUACAAAGCAUGAUCGUUAUUACUGCCUUUUAUUGUUGGAGAAAAUUUUUUAAGGAAAAAAAGAUAGUUUCAAUAAUGUAUGUGCUAUUCAAAAAAUGUGAUUAUUUAGGACAUUAUUGUAAGUUGCUAUGGAAAUAACUGAAGUCUUCCUCAGGAGAAGGAAGGCAAAGGGGGAAGUAAUGGGAGAGUCCCAGCAGCCCCCACCAACUCAUCAGAAAGGCGCCCUAUGCAACAAGACUAGUUUCUGGUAUUCUCCAGGGAUUUGUGCUUAGGAAACUUAACAAGAAUAGUACUUAUUUUUGAACAUCCACCUUUUGUUCUUCAAAGAAAUCUCUAGGCAGGGGAAUAUGUUAUCACGACAAUUCACAGAACAUACCUAUGCAUUUGAAGUCAAUACCUACCUUUGUUAGAUGAUAAAAAAGUGAUUAAGAAAUGGAAGAAAUGGUUUUACAUCCAGAACAAUUUCAUGUGUCAUUUUUUGUACAUAGGGGUGAUUCUUUUCUCUACCAUUAGUAGAACUUGCACUUUAGGUAGUUCUGAUAUUCGGGAAGUAUUUGUGCUUCCUUUCAGGGACCAUCUUACGACCAGAGGCAGGCUGUCUGUGAGAUGGUUAGCCAGAGUUAACGUCUGAGACAGGUUUGGCUUUAGACCAGUCAGUACCUUGCUCUUUGUGCAUGGUGCAUGUCAAGUCAGAAAACCUAGAAAACGUAGCAUUAAAAUCUAGGUGCAUAGAAAUGCUUGUUAUGAGCUGUUAGUGGAUCAAGUGCAGCUCCAUCUCUCCUUGUAGUGAACAAGCCCAGGAGCAUGUUUAGAGAUUGCCAGGUGAUGAGAGCUAUGAGCUGUCCUUAAUUUCAGAAGCCUUACAGAAAUCUAGGUGUACCACUUCUACCCCUUGAGAAAAAAGAAAUAGAAACCCUAACUUGAUGCAGAAUGGAUAUUUAUAGUUCUGUUUGCACUAUUUUCAUGGCAGCUGACAUGGGCAAAUUAUGAAAGAGUCAGUUCUAUAAAUUGCUUCUUUAAAUUUUCUCUAAAAUUUUGCCUUUAGGAAAAAAUUAAAAUUAUUCAAUGACAGCUAGCUGUCACUGGUGCUGCCCCAUAGCUUUCCAAUCUUUAAUGUAUUUUUUAUGAAUGAAGUGGUUGCUGUAGGAAGGUCGGUCAUCACGUAAGAGAAGAGUAUCAUGGUAUAAAUAUAAUGCUUUCACAGUUGUUUUAAUUUUUCUUUUCCUGUGCCAGAUAUAGAAUGCAGUCGACCCCUUUUCAGUAAUUUAUGUUCACCAGUCUGUUUUUCUUCUCCCAGAAGGCUUUUCUUAGGGGUUGUAAAGCAAGAAAGUCUUACCUGGGUUUGUGUUGCAAAGGUGGGCAGCCUCAUUACUUUCUGGCAAAUGGAGUUGAUGGAUUUAAGAUAAGCCUUUGGGGUUCCUUUCAGUUUUCUGGGCUCUGAGGAAGGGUUGGGCCUCCUUUACUCUCAGUGUUUUGAGUAUUUUUCAAAUGUUUGUAAGUUCUCUUGCACUCUAAUAAAAAUGAAAGCUCUCUGUCAAGAAAUGGCUUUGGAUGGUUUGAAGAUCUAGGGGAAGAAAAAUAAGUACACCUGAGACCUUCAGUUGGUCUUUUAUUUAUUUAGAAUAAAAAGUAGUUUGAUAAGCUACCAGAGUUAGUGCUUCUUUCAAAACACUCUCUGAAAAGAUAGCAACUAUCCCUUAGGAAAGCUAUAAAAGCUAUUCCCAGUGCGUUGCAAUUGCUUUUGAUUUGUAGUCCUUUGGAGCAAAUGUCUGAUGUUAUGUCUGAUGUUAUGUUUUUAGAGCUGUGAAAAAAAAUGUCUGAAAAAUUUUGAGGGGUAUUUUUAAAUGAUGAUUAGCUGGCUGAAUUAUGUGUGAACUAGGUUCUAGGGCAGCUGUCCACGUUUUUCCUAUUGUCCUGACAGUAAAGCUGAUAGGAAGCCAUGUCUUGAAAACUGAUUUGCCUAUUUCAUACUGACAUCUAAAGACGUCAGCCUUCUGUUUGGCAACCCUGGGGCUACUCCUCUGCACCGUAACUUACUAAUGUAUUUUGAGACAAGGCUAAACCUGGAUCACUCUAUGUAUCUAUAGUUUCAUUACUCAUAUAUCAGCUGCUAAAAGAAAAACCGUGACUUGUAAUCUCGUCUCUAAACUACUCCUAAUUGUUAACUGAAACCCUUCCUGUUUAUGGAAGAUUGCUGCUAGUAGCGUCAGUUUGCAGUGUUUUGCUGUAGAUAUGUGUCAUACGGGAGUCUGAAAACUGGAAUAAAUAUGAUUGUAUUCAUG